AUGACGGAUCGAGUGUUUUUUGGCCUCAAACUGGGAAAAAGGUAAAUCAGUUGUGUUUUUGUUCAAUUGUACCGUACCCGUUAUCGAAUUUGUUCUUUAAAUGCCGUCAUUCUGUUGUCUAACAAAGCAAUCAUCGUUCAUGUCAAACGAAAUGUCUCAACGAGCUAGCAAAAAAUUAUAGAUUCUGUCUGAAGUCAUCAAAUCACACCCUAGCCCUAAGGGAUAAACUUUACCUGUUGCAUAUAAACUAAACAAAUCCUUUUUAAAUGAAUAUGUAAUUUUGCUUUGUUUACUCACAACUAAUUUUGCUUUCGUUUUAAGACUAAUGGACAGAGAAGCCAGCAGUAAUGAGGUCCCUCAACAUCCCCAGAGCAAAGCCAACUGGAUUUCGUUUCUUUUGUUUUGGUGGACGAACGAUUUAUUCAAAACGGGGAACAAGCGCCCUCUGCAACAGUCAGACUUUUGGCCGCUGCACGACGAAGACAAAACUUGUCUAUUGACAGAACAACUGCAAUCACAAUGGACGAAAGAUCUUAAAAACGACAAAGACCCACGAUUAUGGAAAACAGCCAUGAAAGUGUUGUCACGCAAAGAACUCUGUAUAAUUGGUUUUGCUGGAUUUCUGGACUCGGUGGGGCGAUUUCUUCAGCCCUUUUUUUUGGGAGUUUUCAUUUCCACACUCGUGUCUAGCACCCCAGAGCAAGCCCUACUUGCUUGCUGUGCCCUGCUAAUGCUGUUGGUUGUAGUGAUGAAAAGUGUCGCCGUGCAUCACAGCAGUUUCAAACUUUAUGUAAUUGGGAUGCGAAUGAAGGCCUCGCUCAAAGGUCUUAUAUUCAAAAAGGUGAGUUUUCCUUCAUGUAAUAGAGCACGCUUUCCGGAUUUCGUCUGAGUUAGGUAAGAUUUAUGUCAUUUUGUGGUUAGAACAACGAUGGGAACCAAAUAAUUAUUAGAGAUAAGUUGGGAUUUAGAUAUCAUUCUCACGGUACAGAUGAACUCUGAAUAAGCGUUCUGAAUUGAACGUUCAAUAUGUAAGUUGAGAGUGAGUAUCACGUAGACCUCCCAGGGACAAGGUAAUCCAGGUGAUUAGCUUCACCAAAGUGCAUGCGAGGUCAGAUUUCCCUCCUUUACGACGUUAAUAACAACGUCACAGUCUCUUGUAGGGUCAGUUGCGUUGUGUCCCAGAGUCAUCAUCAUUCUUCGUUUGAGAAACAAACAAAGGUUUGAGACACAUUUUUAUCUUAGAAGUUACCGUGAAUUACAUCUUGAUUACGUAACAAACUUUAUUUGGGCAGUGAAUGUUGAAAUAGUGUACUCAGGUCAUUCAGAGCUUCCUACGUAGACAUUCCUUAAGUGCCUCGUCACGUUUCGACUUCCGGCUGUGAUUUUUGGGGAAUGCUGAUUUAUUUAAAGGUACCAGGAUAAACGAUCAUACACCGUCCUUAUUAAGACUGGCAUUCAUUCUUUUUCGUUAAUGUAUCAAACGGACACCCGUUGAGUGUACAAUAACCUAAGUCCUUAACUGCACCCCUUGCCCGUAGGACGUAGGCCCCCAAAUUAGCAGUAUUCGUAUUUAAAAAAGGUACCUCAACAACGACCACACCCAAAUAAGUGUAAAUAGAAGAAUGAAACAGCAGAGGAAAAACAUGACUAAAGAGGAUCAGAGAGGUUUUCUUGGCCUUAACUCUUUGUUCGCUCCUUUCUUUGCUGCUUAUUCAUUAUGUGUUUGUAAAAAGGAAAACCUAUUUUGAAUCGGAAUGCUGGGUAUGAGGGAAUGCGAAUACGCACAAUCUGACUUGCGAGGUGACUUAUAUACGGUCUCUAAAAAUGUAGAACGAUAGUUGUAAUGUAGGCGUGAGCUAUUGUAGCAAGGUGGGGCUUUCCACGUUCCUCUAGAUAAUGUAUCUAUUAUAUACGAAAAAAAUUGAAAAUGGCAAAGGCUUACAGAUAGAAAGAAUUGAGAGUCGCAGUAAACGAUUAUUCAUGUGAAAGAGGAUCUGACAUUCUCUAUCGAAAUACUGAAGUAGCUUACAGUAGAUAAAUUGGACUGACAAAUAAAUACACUUUACAUAGGCUUGAUUGUAUCCUCGUUCUCAAUAUCUAGAUUCUGCUCCUUGGUCAACAAACACUGAACGGAUUUACUAAAGGUCACGUGAUUGAUCUCGUGUCCAAUGAUCUUCAAAGAAUGGAGCAAGCUGCAAGGCAGUUCUUUCGGCUCCUCGUCGCCAUCUUCGAUGUCACUGUUGCUGUCCCGUUGAUGUGGCACUUCAUAGGUUGGCAGGCGUUAAUGAGUCUCGUGUUCUUGCUUCUUCUGGUGCCAUUUGGUGGCUUCCUUACAUACCUUGCUGGAAAGCUCCGACUAAAGACCGCUGCUGUUUCAGAUAGGCGAAUAAACCUUAUGGCUGAGAUAGUGGCUGGAAUACGUGAAGUGAAGACACAUGCGUUGGAAUGGUUCUUUCUGGAACAAAUCCAGGAGACUCGAAAGUAAGUGGUAUAAGAAGUCAUACUGUAGAUUAAAUCUCAGUAUGCUUUAUACCCUCCACAAAAAACUGAUAAUAAAAACGCUUACCAAUGAAAUUUAGUGAAAAACUAACAAGGCUGAGCAACAACAAAAAAGAAGGUCUAGCCUUUUGCAGGGCAAUGGCAGUUAUUCCAAGACCCUGAGUAUUGGUACGGCCCCCGGAUCAGAAUUCGCGAUCUCCUCUGAAUAUCGGUUAAAAAUGGCUGGCUUGCCUUUUCGGGGUCAAUAUUAGGAUGCUUCAUUGACUGCUAACUCUGUAAAAAUACCUGAUUACGAACAUCUAGGAGAUAAGUGAAAAAACGAUAAUUUUCCUAUUUAUUUUCAGGGAGGAAAUGAAGAUAAUUCGCCAGAAGAGUGUCCUUGUAUCUUGUGGUAUUUCUAUGAUGUACACUUCUGGCGUUGUCGCAGCGUUCAUCUCUCUUUUGACACUCGUAUUUACUGGUUCCAACUUGACACCGUUUAAAGUGUUUACACUUCUGUCAAUAAUAAAUGUGCUCCGAAACAGUGCCUUAAGAUCUAUAGCAGAAGGGCUGCAUUUUAUUUACGAGGCGUACGUUUCAUUUGGCAGAAUACAAGAGUUUUUGGUGCUACCAGAAAUGCAUUGUUUGACUGACGGAAAGCACUCAAGUAAAAAUGGGAAGGAUUUGUUGUUCGCGAACAAACGUAUUGGCAAAGUGGUUGUGGACGUUUCUGAUGGCUUGACAUACUUCAACGAGUACACUAAAAAAUCUUGCAUAAUAACCAAGUUUGUAAAAAUUCAAGAUGACCAUAACGGAAACAAUCCUCUUUCAAGUCUGGGGUUAAGUCAAACAGAAUUAAAGAAGGCAUGUGAGCCAGACACAAAAGCAGGAAUCAAAUUAAGCAAUGUGGCAUGUAAAAUCAUUGAUGAUAACAAAACUCCGCUGAGAUCAAUCACUUUUGAAGCAAGAGAUAAGACCUUGACCGUCAUUACCGGUCCGGUGGGAAGUGGAAAGUCGACUUUGUUAUCUUUGAUUGCUUGUGAAAUGCCGACUACUGCAGGAAAUAUCGAGGUAUCUGGCAGCAUUGCAUACGUACCACAAAUACCGUGGGUAUUUUCGGGGACAUUGAGAGAAAACAUUCUCUUUGGUCGGCCAUUCCAGUCUGAAAAGUACUUUCGAACAAUCCACGCUUGUGCGUUAGAAGAGGACAUUGAAAGGUUUCCUGACAGAGAUCAAGUUGUCAUCGGUGAACGCGGAAACACCCUAAGUGGUGGUCAGCAGGCUCGUGUCAGUUUGGCGCGCGCAGUGUAUGCUGAUUGCGAUAUCUAUCUUUUGGACAAUCCGCUGGCUGCAAUUGAUGCAAAUGUCGGUGAUUUCAUCUUCAAACAUUGCAUCCUGGGGAUGCUGUCAGACAAACUCCGACUAAUGGUUUCACACAAGGAGUACUCUAUCAAAUCAGCAGAUCAAGUAAUAAUCUUGCGCGACGGCUCAGUUAUCGCUAAGGGGAAGUUUGCGGAACUUCACGAAGACGAAGCAGGAAAAGACUUUUUAGAGCCUCGUAGUAACAGAAUAGGCAAUGAAGCCAGGAACACACUAUUGCUUGAAAGACAAUCCAUGGCUGCUCAGUGGGACAGGUCAGAGAACAUUUUGGACAAAUCUAGUAGAAGUAUGGCCACUCCAGAGGAAGAUCGUGUGACCGGCACGGUGUCCUUCAAGCUGUACUGGGAUUAUUUAAGGGCAGGAUUAAAUCCUGUUGCUUUAGUUGCAUUGAUCAUCAUUUUUAUCCUUUCCCAAGGUAAGAGGACGUCUAUACAUUGGUCAAACAAAGCUUAUUAGUUCUCAUGGGUAUAAGAGUUAGAUUCGUAACUUUAAAGUUUUUGUGAAAAGCCUUUGGUAAGACCAUUAAAAUCAGAUUGGUCAGUUGUCCUAUAUCCUCGGAGACCCAGGGCAGUCAGUUAGGCCAGGAGAAAAGGCGGGAUAACAGUUUUCAAGCUGGAUGGCUGUCUCACAAUAGCCUGGGUUCGUGCAGUUGUAUAUUGGUGAAGUUCUUUUCUUGCGCAGUGUACGGAUGGUGACGACGUCAAGGCCCACAAGGCCAAAACCCAGCUAUCUUGACCGAACAAGAGUUUGGUCGAUAAAGGACUUACACAGGGUAACACAGGGGAACAAAGGGUAACACAACGUAACACAGAGUAACAACGGGUAAGACAGGGUAACACAGGGAAACAAAGGGUAACACAGGGGAACACAGGUUCUUUACCAUUUGCAAGCUUUAGGAAAAUAUGGUUGGGAAGUAAAUGGGACAUGGAACACAACUUUUCGGGCUAAGAAUUGUUUUCUCAGUUGCGAGCCCAUCUCAGUCCCCUUGCUCCGACAGCGAAUCAGAACUAUUAGCGCAUCCUUUUUCCCGCUCGCGGAGCCAGUCAUAAAAUACGAAUUAACGUUAUAUUUAUAUCUAUUUUCAUAGGGAUAAUGGUUUUACCCGAUUUAUGUCUUUCCUUCCUAACAACGUUGCCUCACGAAGAGCAGAAGGAAAGAAAAAAUAUCGGAAUCUACGCGAGCUGUGUCGCAGCGGCUGUUCUUUUUACAACCUGCCGCGCCUUCGUUUUCUUUCAAGCGGUGCUCAGAUCUUCUGAAAACGUUCACAACAACAUGGCGACGGCUAUCCUGAAAGCACCAAUUCUAUUCUUUGAUUCAAAUCCAGUUGGCAGGAUUCUCAAUCGGUUUUCAAAGGAUAUUGGCUGCCUGGACGAAGUUCUGCCAAAGACGUUUCUCUUUGCAAUCCAGUUGGUGAUGUUUGUUUUGACCGCAGCGCUUCUUCCAUUAGCGGCAAAUGCCUGGCUUGCAGCAGUUGUGGUGCCCAUUAUCAUACUCUACGUCUACAUUGCUCGGUACUUCUUGAAAACGUCUAGGGAGCUAAAGAGACUUGAGUCUGUCUGCCGUAGCCCUGUGCUGUCGCAAAUUGCUGAAACACUCGAUGGAUUGGAUACUAUUAGAACCCGUAAGAGACAGCAGGAGUUUGCUGAUCUCCUAUACAGGUGUGUUGGAAUUAAACCUACUUUCUUUCUAUCUUCUGAGCAUUAAGCAAGAAAUAUAGAACAUUAGGAUGGUGGGAAUAACCCUUCAUACAAGGUGUUGUCAAGGUAUUUCUUGAUACUCAGGUCCAAAUACCAGGGUUAAGAGGGUCACUCAUUCUGAACUGAACAAAAAGUAGCAAAAUUAAGGCUGGAAACGCUCCCGCCAAAUCUGAAAAAAAUGUCGAACAGUCACCCCAAAGCUCAAGAUCUGACGUUCAAUUGGGAAAUCGAUGGCAAAUAUGCCCGAUACAAGACUUCUUCUAACUGAGAACUACCGCGACAUUAGGAAAACAUAACAAACGUUAUGAAUCAGUUUUCUUCACAUUGAAGAGUAAAACAAUUUUUGAUCCCAGAGCUCCUCUCUAUUGGGCAUGAUUACGGACGCGCGGAGUCAAAAGCGUAAACUUUAGAGUAGAGAAUGCCUGAUCUCCUGACAAGCAGUUACUCUGUUGUGUCUCCGCAGAUAUCAAGACAACCACAACCGGUCAUAUUACAUGGUGCUAGCUGGGACUCGAUGGCUGGGAAUACGACUGGAUUUCAUCUCUGCUUUCUUAAUUGGGGUUGUGGCUUUAUUUGCUGCCUUCAAUUCCCAGGAUAAUGCAGGUAAAUUGGUCUUCUAAUCAGAGCCCUUAACAAAGCGGUUUCACUCGAGUGUAUUAUAAAGCACACUAUAAUUCAGUCCAGUUACGAAAGACUGAAUGAACCAAUCAGAUCUCGAAGCAAAUAGCUGUACUCUGCUUCAAGAGCGAAAAAACGUGUGGGAACAUACGAUCGAAUUAGUUGAAAAGUUCAAAGUGAAAAAGGUCGCGCAAGCUUUUGUAGGGAACAAAUGAUAGCGUAGACAGCCAACGAAAAGGUAAAAGUCAAAGUACUUCUCGUAAUCCGUUUCCUGGAGCCGGGUUUCACCUUUACACCCGUUGAAUACAUUUGAGUAAACUUUUUUCUCACCAUAAGAUUCUUACGUCCAUUAUAACUACAGAUUAAUUCUUAAUGUAACUAGAUUUGCUGUUCCAUUUUCAGCUCUGGUGGGAAUUGCUUUUGUCUACGUCUUUGAAACCGUUCAUUUUACCCAGGUGAGCGUUCAACAGUCCGCAGAAGUGGAGAGCUUAAUGACAUCUGUAGAACGAGUGAUGGCCAUUUCCAAGAUUAACCCUGAACCAGGUUACAAGACAGCAUCCACAAUAACCGGGCAGUGGCCAACAAAUGGUCAAAUAACGUUCACGGGCGUAUCCCUGAGGUACUAUCCUGAGGGUGCAAAAGUAUUAGACAACUUAAACUUGAGCAUUGAUGGACAAUCAAAGACUGGAAUCGUAGGAAGGACAGGAUCCGGCAAAUCAAGUAUCAUAGCUGCGCUCAUGCGCAUACCCGAGGCUGAAGGAACAAUCACAAUAGAUGGAGUGAAGCUGAAUGAUUUGAACGUUCAACAGUCUCGAAGGUGCAUUUCCGUGCUAAGACAAGAUCCUGUUGUUUUCAGUGGGACUAUCCGAAAGAACCUCGAUCCACUGGGAAAGCACAGUGAUGCUGUUUUGUGGGCAGCGUUAGAAGCUGUGCAGCUGAAGCAGUUAGUAGAGACUUUGCAAGGCAAGCUAUCUUACACAUUAACUAACAGUGGAAUGAACCUCAGUGUAGGAGAAAAGCAGUUACUUUGCCUCGCUCGAGUUAUGCUACAGGGGAGUAAAAUCGUCAUUUUAGAUGAGCCUACAGCUCAUGUGGACCCCAAAACGGAGCACAUCAUUCAAGAAACAAUCAGAGAUAAACUAAAGAAUUCAACUGUGAUUAUGAUCUCGCAUCGAGUCAAGUCCAUUGAACACUGUGACAAAAUAGUGGCCUUGAAAGACGGCCAUCUCAUCGACGAACCGUAACAAUCGAAGACUGCAGUCACGUGCAGAAGACUUGAUGAAAGUGAAGCGUAAGGCAUUAUGGGAAAGACAGCUGCUGGCAGCCGUUAUUUAUUUCUUGGAAUUCCUUGUUGCAAGAGACGCCUGGGUACUAGGUAGAAAACUUGGCAAGAUGGUCUGCUGACUCCACCCUAAUAGAAAUUACACGUCCACUUCAAAUCACGAAACAUUUUCACAAUGUGUUAACAGUUUGUACAUGAACCUCACCAACAAACACAAUCACCUUGCAGAACCGUACGACAAGGAUGUGAUUUCACUGAUUUGCCCCAGUGCCCUCAUGUUCUAUCAUUGAACGCUGGCCACACUGAGUACAUGUAUCUUCAGUAAAAGAUUUGUAUACAUAAGUUUCAAAAGCAUCUUUUUUGAACUAACAGAACAAAGGACCUAUACUGUUUGUUCCCAGUGGGUAUAAAGAAUCAUUUAAGGUUUCGACGGGCACGUUUAUGGAGUAGAUCAAACAAACUUGUUCAGGAACCUUCCAGUUUUAUAAUACAUUUUAAAAGAAAUUAUAUAUUUAUAUAUUUACUUUUAACUAUUUAUCACGCUGAGGCUCCUUUGUACAUAUGUACAUAGACAAUUUUUAAGAUAUGUAAAUUUGAAAGGCACAUAGGAAAACAGCAUCUGGUUAAACGUUUUUUCUUACCGACCUUCUUAAAUAUAAUUUGUUGUUUGUGCAGUAUUGACGAAAGAGUAGCAUUAUUGCGCCUUACUCAAUUCGUUGAUGAAUAGUCAUUAACAAUAAUAAACACCGUGGAUUGAUAAGAGAAAAUACCAACGUUUAAUACGCAAAAAUAUCGUUACAGUGCACGAUAACCGGUUCCGACAAAUCUUGGAAGGGAAGGGAAGAAUAAAAAGUAAACGAACUCUGGUUCUUAGAAUUUAACAUUAAAACUGAGGAAGAUUUUAAGCCAUGUUAACACUAAUAUGUUUUCCAGCAAAACUCAGUUUUCGUAAAAAUCGUAUCAAAGGCUUUGUAUUUCACACUACCGUUUUGCAUCGUUCGCGAUCGUCCACAACAAGGCCGUGACCGGAAACGCAUAUCAGGUGCGUUUUUGAUGCCAGGCUAUCCUCGGACGUAUAAUUACAGGUCUUGUGUUCUUGCUUUGUUUUAAACAGAAAGCUGAUGAUGAUGUCAGCGAUUUCUCGCCAGCCCACACCUAACAGAGCUUAGCCUGUUCCAGGCUCUCAGAUAGUGGGGAUGACGCGUUAGUGAAAGGCACGCGAAAAUAUGAGUGCGUGAUCUAGGAAAUGGGGCGGUAGUUUCCUUCCGUUCGUUUCGUGUUUGCGCGUUUUCACGCGGAGUCGACUAUCUCGGAGCCUGGAACAGGCUAAACAGUGCUCUGUUAAAGCUGAAUAGAUUUCCGUUUUCAAAACUCCACCCUAAAGCCAGUUUUCGAAAACCUUCGUUUUUUAUUGCAACUUUUCCGUUUCCGUUAUCUAUCGCUUUCAUGUGGGAGCAGAACAUAACGCAUAGUAUUGCAAGCGUUUUCAGACAAAAAGGCAUUGGGGGUCUUAAGGGUGGUAAGAAGUUUUAAUUUUUGAAGACAUUCCAUCGACAAUAAUUAGACCAAAUAAAUUGAAAA